CUUGGGGGAAAAUCAGAGGGGAGAGUUUUAAAACUCUCCCUUUGCUAAUACUGUCAAUGAAAUUGCCGGGAUAAGCAACUCGGCGGCGCGUGUGCUGCUGCGGCGCGUGCUCCCCAGCGAAGGCUCCCUCGAGCGCCCCGAUUCUCCCGUUCCCCAAAAUCGAAGCUUUGCCCCCUCCACGCGCAUUACAAGGCAGAGGGGCUGCGGGCGGAACGGGACGCCCCCGGCCGUGCGUGCGCGCGCGCGCGCGUGUGUAUCACGCCCCCCCCGCCCCACUAUCCUUUUGCGACUCCCCCACCCGGGAGACUUGACUCCCUCAGCGGUCCAAACACAUCGCGCCGAGAGAGAAAGAGACUCCCUCGCCAACUGAGGAAGGGAAAGGCACGAGAGGGACGCUCUCACGGGGGAACUACCGCUUUCUCUGAGGAGAAGGACGGCUCUGGUUGUGUCCAGCAUUGUCGCGGUGUCUGUGACUCCCUUGCCCACUCAAGUUUUUUUUUUUUAAUUUUAUUUUUUAAUGGUUUACUUAUUAUUAUCCCGGAGGAAACAGCAGAACUAAGUUUUGGGGGGCGACUCCCCCCCCCCGUUCCCCCCCCCAACUUCUUGCCACUGCUUCACUCUCCCACCCGCGCGCCGUCGGGCUGCUUUCUUCGUCCGUGCGCGUUUUCUUCUUCUGCCAGCAGCGAGUGUGGCGGCUGGACAGCAGUUUCCCUUUGUGCAAUGCUGCGGCUGCUUGGUAAGAUGAGGUCGGGGGCUUCCUGCUCUUGGGAGCCCUGCCACACAGCCUAGUGGGAAGGAACAGGUUUAAAUCUCCAGACUGAAGGAGAAGGAGGCAAAAGUUACUACCCAAAAAGGAACCAUUGGGAAGAUUUUAUUUCCUUCCUUGAAAUCCUGCUGGAUUUUUGAGCAGAUCAUUGGUUUGAAAAGCACUAGAAGAAGAUUUGGAAAAGGAUACCACACUGUGUAACUCGUAUAUUGUGAAUCGAGGAGCCCUGGGAAAAGGGACAAAAUCAAUAAUGAAAAUGGAUAUGAAGGAUGCUGACAUGACUCUGUGGGCAGAGACUGAAUUUGAAGAUAAGUGUACAUACAUUGUAAAUGAUCACCCUGCAGAUCCCAGCACUGAAGGUUGUACCAUAACCCAGGCCGAGUCGUCCUUGCCAAGGAACUUGAUUUUUAAAUAUGCAGGAAAUGGCAAAGAGGUUAUUGGAGUUAUUAGCAAAGAAUAUAUCCCCAAAGGAACACGCUUUGGACCUCUGGUUGGAGAGAUCUAUACCAAUGACACAGUUCCUAAGGAUGCAAAUAGAAAAUAUUUUUGGCGGAUCUAUUCUGGGGAUGAGUUUCUCCAUUUCAUAGAUGGAUUUAAUGAAGAAAAGAGCAACUGGAUGCGCUAUGUAAAUCCAGCCCAUUCUGUUCAAGAGCAAAAUCUGGCUGCUUGUCAAAAUGGAAUGAACAUUUACUUUUAUACCAUCAAGCCCAUCCCUGCAAAUCAGGAACUGCUCGUGUGGUAUUGCAGGGAUUUUGCAGAUAGGUUGCACUAUCCUUCCACUGGAGAUCUAGGGAUGAUGAAUAUCACAAAAAGCCAUGUUAAUCCAAAGAUAACUAAUGACAAAGAUGAACUUCAUCAGAAAAAUGUUCCCAAAAGAGAGCACAGUGUGAAGGAAAUUCUGAAAACUGAUUCCACUCAUCCUAAAGGAAAGGACUUAUUCCACACCCAUCUUUUGCAACCUGCACAAGAAAAAGACUUGGAGGGCUUAAGAAAAAACUGUAGCCCUGAAAGGCCUUUCUAUCCUCGAAUUGUCUACCCAAUUCGACCUCACAUUCCAGAAGAUUACCUGAAGACUUCUCUGUCUUGUGGGAUUGAGAGGCCUAGUUACAUUGCCCACUCACCCAUCCAGUCUUCUACCACGCCAAGUCCCUCAGCAAGAAGUAGCCCAGACCAAAGUUUAAAAAGCUCAAGCCCUCACAGCAGUCCAGGAGUUACAGUUUCACCUCUAACUCCUAUGUCUCAAGAGUACAGGGAACCUUAUUCUUACUUCAACGGACUCUAUAGCUCCGAAGGAUUAGGGUCAUACUCUGGAUAUGCACCCUCGAGCCAUCUUCCACCAGCCUUUCACUACCCCAAGUUCCUGUUACCGCCAUAUGGCAUGGGCAUCAACAAUUUCAAUCUCUUCCCAAGGAUGUAUCCUUUCUGCAGCGGCCUGAUUGGUGGAAGAAGCAUCUCUAAUCAUAUGCUGAACUCUUCUGCCCUACCAAGUUCCUUGCCGUCUGAUGGAAGUCGCCAGCCGUUGCAGCCUGACCAUCCAAGGGACUUCCUCAUCCCUGCACAUAACAGUGCCUUCUCCAUCACAGGAGCUGCAGCCAGCAUGAAAGACAAGCCCUGCAGCCCAACCAGUGGAUCGCCCACAGCAGGCACAGCAGCUACUUCAGAACACAUAAUGCAACCUAAACCUACCUCAGCAGUGGUGGCUGCCACCAGCAGUGAAGAAGCCAUGAAUCUCAUCAAGAGCAAGCGAAAUAUGACCGGUUACAAAACCCUUCCAUAUCCACUGAAGAAACAGAAUGGGAAAAUAAAGUAUGAAUGCAAUGUCUGCUCCAAAACCUUUGGCCAACUCUCUAACCUGAAGGUCCACCUUCGUGUGCACAGUGGAGAAAGACCAUUUAAAUGUACUACUUGCAAUAAAGGGUUUACUCAGCUGGCUCACCUCCAGAAGCACUAUCUGGUACACACAGGCGAAAAGCCCCAUGAGUGUCAGGUCUGCCAUAAGCGAUUUAGCAGCACAAGCAACCUGAAGACCCAUCUGCGACUUCACUCUGGGGAGAAGCCUUAUCAGUGCAAGCUUUGCACUGCUAAAUUCACCCAGUUUGUGCACCUGAAACUGCACAAGCGACUCCACACCAGAGAGCGCCCACACAAGUGUAUCCACUGCCAUAAGAGCUAUAUCCACCUUUGUAGCCUCAAGGUCCACCUCAAGGGCAACUGCCCUGUUGUCCCUGCAUCUAACCUCUCUACAGAGGACCUGAAUCGGAUCAAUGAAGAGAUCGAGAAAUUUGACAUCAGUGACAGUGCGGACAGGUUGGACGAUGUUGAGGACAACAUUGACAUGGCAUCUGUGGUGGAAACAGAAAUACUGGCUGUACUCAGGAGAGAGAUAGAAGGAGCCAGUCUUAAAGCAUCAUUGCAAAGGAACCUGGGAAAUGGGCUGGUCUCCUCAGGAUGUAAUCUUUAUGAAUCAUCAGACAUGUCAAUUGUGAAGUUGCCUCAUGGUCAUCCACUACCUCGGGUACCUAUAAAGGUCAAGCAAGAAACAGAUGAACCAAUGGACUCCUAAAAUACUGUGGGGGGUGUGUGUGAGAGACAGAGAGUGAGUGUGUGCACAUCUGCAUAGGUUCAUGUGCAUUGGUAUGUCUGGCGAACAAGUGUUUGUUUUUUAAUUUAUGACUUGGCAAGUCAGGGUGCCUGUAGCAAUUGCUUGAAUAUGAUGAUGUCAAUGCUGCAAAGCAAUCUUGGCUUACAGUAGUUUCUCUAUCUCCUGUUCAAAGAAGGAACUCCAAAGUUGUUGUAUUCUCAGGGCAUGAAAAGAGGCAAAGGCUGUGUACUGCCUCCCCCACUUCCAAAUAAGACAAUCUUUUCUCCAUAAUCCUUUUCCUGUAACAGUACUUCAUAACUUAUUAUGCAAUUUACCAUUCAAAAAGCAAUAGUUAGGGGGGAAGUUACAAUGAUGAUAAAAUUCAUUGUAAUGUUGAAUAUUACUGUUUUGUUUGUUGUCCUGUGGCCAUUCUUUUUAGAUUUUCUUCCUGCACAUCUGUUUAAAAAACAACAGCAGCAAAAAAAAAACCCCUAAGAUUGAAUAGGGGGCAGGGAAAGAAGGGAGAAAAUGUUACAUAUCUGUUUGCCAAAGGUAAAUCCUAGAAACCCCUCUUGUUGGUACAAUGCUGUCAUUGAAUGAAGUGGGUAAACGUAUUAAGUUACUCCUAAAUACCUGCAACAGCCCAGUGGCGGCAGGUGAGGGCAGUGCUGGGGGUGGCGCGAAGUACCUCUUACAAGUGAUUACUAGCAGUACUCUGGCACUCCACCUGGCCUCUGCUUAUGCAGAGGGCAGGUGAGUGCCGGAGCCAUGGCAGCAGCCACGCGGGAUGCCAGGUGGCACGCCGCAGGUCCCAGAAGUACCGCUGGUAAACAUUGUUUUAAUGUCUUGUCUCUUGUCUUCAUCAGUUGCCACUGCAGCUGCCAGAGAGGGAAUGUCACUGCUGCAGGUAUAGAUAGAUAGUGGGAAAGUUGAAUGCUUUGCCAGAAAUCAUGAAUCAGGUGGACUUUUAAAAUAAAAAGUCAUAAAUCAUGACAUUUUGAGCAAUAGUAUUACAAAAGGACUUGCUUUUCCCCUCUACUAAAUGGUUUUAUACAAGUAGACAAAUCAUAAUAUUCCAAAGAUGCUGCCUGCAAAUGAUGGUAUUGCUGAAAAUUUUACUAGUGGAAUCCUGGGAUGGAAUCUGAUUUCUACAUUCCCUAGGAAAGAAAGUAUGAUGGAUUUCUUCCUCUCCACUCCCCCCCCCGCCCGCCCCCUCCUGGUUUACCCACUUUCCUUGGAUAGAAGUUGGUAACACAGUUCUUUCUUGGCAUACCCGAUUGUAUUUUUCUUUCUUUCCUGUGUGACUCAAGAUUUCUCUCAGUAUUUGUAAUAGUACAUUUUGUGGUUAAUUUAAUUAAAGAUGAAAAGGGCAUUGCAAACUUGCUGAACAACAGUUACCUCAUUGAGUGUGUCCAGUGGUGCAGAAAAUGCUGUUUUAUCUAUGCUUUGCUACUUUAGAGAACAAACCAAAAUGUGCAGAGAAGAAGAUAGAAUGCACAUUAUUUUCUUUUUUGUAAAUCUUAUUGUUUUGCUAAGCCCAAAGAUACCAUGUUGGCAUACAAGGUGUAGCAAAGAAUACAUAUAUAUUUAUAGAUAUUUAUACCAAUAUACCAUAUAUGUGUGUAUAUUUUUAUACCACUUAAGUUUGUGAGCCAAACCUUAUAAUAAAAUCUGUUUAACAUAGCUUCAUCCACCAAAGGGUUGAAUUGAUCAGCCUCUAAGCCAUAAUACUGUGCUCAGAAAUCCAUCAUUUGUACAUGCACAGUAAUUUACUGGGACUUGAUCCUGUAAACUAUUAUUUGCAUGAAUAAGUGUAUCCAUAUAUUAUAGCAUCCCCACAAAUUCUGUGACAAUUGCAUAGCUGAGUCGUAUCUGACCUCAUAGUCUUAUUGAGGAUUUGAUGACAUAAACAAUCAGAAAUCUGGAGGAGGGGGUCGGGAACCUAAUCUUAACCACUUAAGUAGAAUACAGAAUGGUAAAGAGUAGGAUGAGCUAUUUAAAGUACUCCGGGAAGUCUGCCAUAGUUUCCUCUGCCUCUUAAAAAGUUGCAUGAUCACAUGUACAAAACGGAGAAAAAGAAACAGCAUUAUUACACUCUUUACCAAUAUAUGUAUAUAUGUCUAUCUCAUUAUAGUCUUAAGGAAUUAGACUGUUUCAGAAAUGAUCUCAUUCUAAUGCCUUCUUAUUUAAAACACCAAACAUAUCUACGGCCUAAAAAUAAUCCAAGGAAAGUAUAGCUUUUGAAGGAAGGACUACAGUUCAUUACAUUUCUAUUCCCAUAAAUUGUGAGACAAAUAUAUUUAAAUGUAGCAGUGUUUCAUGAUGUAGGAUUUAACUGUAGGAUAAACCAAAGGACCACUACUCUUAUCACUGGACACACAUUUGCUUUUAAUAAUUGCCUGUAGUGCUUUCUUGUAUUUGAUACAAAUUUUACAAAGAUUUAUAUACAUCAGCUUUAAGAAUUGCUUUUUCUCUGUCCAUUCUUGUCUCCAUUUAGGACCUUUACAUGUGAAUGUAGCAACGAUCAGUGUUUUGUUUUGUUUUUAAGAACAGUCUCUGACCAAAGUUAACAGGCUUUUUACUUUGCUAGAACAAACUAUCUUAUGUUUACGUACCAGUUUACAUUGUUAUUUAUGUGCAAAAAUGUCAAAAUGUAAAUUAAAUAUAAAAUGUUCAUUCAUUGCUUUA